UAAUAAAUCAACACGCUUUCCGAGUCAGUUAUUUGGGUGAUCGUUUUCAUAUUUGCUCGUAUUUUAGCUGUUGUACAUACCUUUGUAACAAAAAAAAAAACUAAACUGAACUUGAGAAGAUGUAACUGAAACAAAAAAUGGGCUUUGAAUUGCAAUUAUCGAACUCCUGGGUUAUCAAUUUACUUAUCUUAUUAAUUACAUUUUGGACAUCUCUGUAUUUUUACUUUACUCGCAAAUUCAACCACUGGAAAAAGAAGAAUGUUCCUCAAAUCGGCCCAAUUCCAUUUUUCGGUAACGCCUUUGAGGUAUUCACUUGGCAAAAAAAUAUUGGAGAGUUGGCUCGAAAAAUCUACAACAGCACAACUAAACCAUUUAUCGGUUUCUUCAUCUGUGAUGAACCGUACUUGUUGAUCCGCGACCCGGAAUUAGUAAAAUCGGUCCUCGUGAAAGAUUUUGGAGUUUUCAGCAACCGCAGUAUUUCCGAAAAUAAAGAAAAUGAUCCCAUGGGAUCACAUUUACUUUUCCUUCUGAAAACUCCGGAUUGGAGAGACAUGCGCCGGAAAAUAACUCCGGUUUUUACUUCCGGGAAAAUGAAAACUAUGUAUACUCUCAUCAGUGAAGCUGGGAACGACAUGAUCGAACACAUGAAGAAAGAAGUGACCAAAAAUUCCAAUUUGGAGAUGAGAGAAGUAGCAGCAAGAUACACAACAGAUGCGAUAACAUCGACGUCUUUUGGAAUUAAUGCAAAUUGCUUUAAAAAUGAAAAAGCUGAGUUUAGGGAGGUGUCGAGGAGGGUGUUGAAUUGGUCAAUUUGGGAGCGCUCGAUAUCAACCACUUGCUAUUUUAUAGCGCCUAAUUUAGUAAAGUUUUUUAAAUUAAAAUUUAUUGAUACGGCAUCUGCGAAGUUUCUGAGAGAGGCAUUUUGGAAAACUAUGAUCGAACGAGAAGAAAAAAAGUUUGUCAGGAAUGAUUUGUUAGAUAUUUUGAUCGAUAUUAAGAAGCAAGAAGACAUUAACGAUCCUUAUAAGUUGGAUGGCGAUAAAUUGGUGGCACAAGCGACUCAGUUCUUUGUGGCAGGUUUUGAGACCACAAGUUCGACAAUUUGUUUCACUUUGUACGAAUUAGCGAUCAAUAAAAAUUUACAAAGUAAAUUAAGAAAGGAAAUUAAGGACGUAUUAAGCAAACAUGGAGAAAUUUCUUAUAAUUCGUUUAAAGAUAUGGAGUUUUUAGACAUGUGUAUUAAAGAAACAUUAAGAAAAUAUCCCGUUUUGCCAUUUUUGGACAGACGAUGUAACACCGAUUAUCAAAUCCCGGGAACAAAGGUAGUCCUCGAAAAGGGAUCACCUGUGUUUAUAUCAGUUUCAGGACUACAUUACGAUCCACAAUAUUUUCCAGAUCCGGACAAAUAUAAUCCUUUGAGAUUCACUGAAGAAAAUAUUAAAUCAAGACCGCAGUUUACAUAUUUGCCCUUUGGUGAAGGUCCUCGAAACUGCAUUGGUGCACGGUUUGGUAGUGUGAGUUCAAAAUCAGGAGUUGCUAAAAUAAUAUCGAUGUUCGAAGUGGAUUUGUGUGAGAAAACCCAACAUCCGAUUCAAAUCGAUCCUAGAGGGUUUUUAAUGGCACCGGUUUCUGAUCUUGUACUCAAGUUUAAAAAGUUGUUGCGCUACAAUAUGUUAUUGACACCCUAUUUGCCAAUUGAUACUAUAAUCCUACUUUCGGUGCUAGCACUGCUUUUAUAUAAAUAUUUCUCCCGGAAUUUUAACCACUGGGAGAAGAAAAAUGUUUUUUACUUCCAACCGACCCCUUUCUUCGGCAACUUCCUCGACAUUUCCCUCUUUCGCACAACUAUAGCUGAACAUCUGAUGAAUUUAUAUAAACAAACAACUGAACCGUUCUUUGGAAUCUUCGUUUUCGAUAAACCUCACUUGAUUAUCCGAAGUCCCGAACUUGUUAAAACAAUUUUAGUCCGCGAUUUUAACAAUUUUGAUGACAGGUGCGUAGCAUCACCCCAUCAUGACCCCCUGGUCAAAAACAUGCUUUUCCUUAACAAAAACCCCGAAUGGAAAACUGUUAGAGUAAAAAUGACCCCGGUUUUCACCACCGGAAAACUGAAAGCGAUGAUUCCGUUGAUUAAUGAAGUGGGAGAGACUAUGACGAAAUAUGUCGUCCAAAAAAUACCCAAUUUCUCCCUCGAAGCCAAGGAAAUAUGUGCGAAAUAUGCGACUGAUGUUAUUGCAAAAUGUGCCUUUGGGAUUAACGCGAAUUCGUUCAAAAAUGAAGAUGCAGAGUUUCGCAAAAUCGGUCGAAGGAUUUUUGACUUUCGGUGGAAGACGGCAAUACAACAAACUUCGUAUUUCUUUCUACCAGGACUUGUGAAUUUUUUAAAAUUUAGAAUGAUAGAGAAGGAAAGUAGCGACUUUCUUCGCGAAACCUUCUGGCAUACGAUUAAGUUACGAGAAGAAAAAAAUGUGAAAGCUAACGACCUGAUUGAUGCUAUUAUUGCCUUAAAAGCCAACGAAGAAUUUUCCAAAAAUAUGAAUUUUGAGGGUGAUAAAGUGGUGGCUCAAGCAGCUCAAUUCUUCGUUGCCGGAUUUGAAACUACAAGCUCUACUAUGGCAUUCACUUUAUACGAGCUUUGUCUUCAACCACAGAUACAACGCAGGGUGAGAGCCGAAAUUGACACUUGUCGUAAAGAACACGGUGGUCUUACAUACGAGGCUCUUCAAAGCAUGAAAUAUCUCAAUAUGUGUGUUUGUGAAACACUUCGCAAAUACCCAGUUUUGCCCUUCCUGGACCGCACCUGUAAAGAAGACUACAAAAUCCCCAACUCUAACGUUGUGAUAGAUAAGGGGACCCCAGUUUUUAUCCCACUGUUUGGGCUCCAUUAUGAUGAAAAAUAUUUUCCAAACCCUCAAAAAUACGACCCUGAACGAUUCUCGGAUGCCAACGUGCAGAAUAUAACUCCGUUUAGCUACAUUCCGUUUGGCGAGGGUCCAAGAAAUUGCAUUGGUGAACGUUUUGGGCUGAUAAGUACAAAGUUGGGUCUUAUUCAUAUUUUGUCCGAGUUUGAGAUUGAAAAAUCUUCUGAUACGCCAGUUCCUCUCGAAUUUGAACCGAAGAGUUUUGUGCUCGCCUCAAAAGUCGGAUUGCCGAUGAAGUUUAAAAAAGUUGUGACGUCAGCGGCUUAAUCUUUCGUUCUGUGAAUGCGUUUUUCCUUUGAAUAAAUUUUAGAUAGUCA